CGGCCGGUGGUCUCCGUCCGGCAGGAAAUCAGCUGUUCCGAGACCACGGCUCGACCGACCGUUCACCAUGACAGUCCACUCAAAAAUUCACUCACGCGAACGGAGGUGCCCUUUCGCGUGAAAGUUUCAUGUUCUCAUCACUAUUGCAUCGAACAGCGCCGCACCUGCAACCAUAGGCCCACGAGUAUAAAUGCCAAGUCGCAUUGGUCGGGGAACUUCGUUUUAUCCCAGUUACUGUGAAGAAUAGUGGUGCUCGGUUUGCGUAAGUUUGGUAACGGAUCAAAAUGCUGCCCAAACUUGAAUGGUUGUUAGCAGUGGUUCUAAUGAUGUGCAAAUUAGGUCCCAGCCGUGGUGAUGAUUUUCCAUCGUUAAUUUCCGCGAAUGCAUCGAUUGCGGUGAUUUUGGAUCGUGAAUAUCUGGAUAACCAGUACGACGAAAUUUUGGAAGGGACCAAGAAGUUAUUCGAGAGAAUUUUGCGAGACAAUUUCAGAAAUGGUGGUAUGAUAAUAAAGUACUUCUCCUGGACCAGUAUCAAUUUGAAAAGAGAUUUCACCGCAGUUCUUUCCAUCUCAAAUUGCGAUAAUACUUGGGAUGUGUAUAAAAAUGCUGCCAAGGAGAACUUGGUCAUCAUGAGUAUAACAGAUUCGGAUUGUCUGCGAUUGCCUUUGAACAACGCAAUCAUGAUUCCAAAAUCAAUUCCAUCAACGGGGACUUUUGAAGAAUUGCCUCAGGUAAUUAUGGACAUGAAAGCAAUGAAGGCCAUUGAUUGGACCUCAGGCAUUCUACUGUACGAUGACAGUUUUGAUCGUGAUAUUAUCGCACGAAGUAUCGUCGCCCUCUCCAAGGAAUCUGAAGACGUCAAACCACUGUCAUUGUCGCUGUUUCGUAUUGAAGCGCACACUCACAUGUGGGAAAAACGCAAAGCCAUUCGCAAAGUUCUGCUGAACAUAUCGACCAAACACAUCGGCAAAAACUUCAUCGCCAUCAUCACCACGCAAACCAUGGAGUUGGUCAUGGAGAUCGCCAAGGAACUGCGCAUGGUCAAUCCCCUGGCCCAGUGGCUCUAUGUCAUAUCGGACACAACGGCCGAGCGGAACAACAUUUCCGCAGCUCAUUCAAUCAUCUCCGAAGGGGACAACAUUGCCUUUGUGUACAACCUUCGACGGAACGCCCAAUCCUGCGAGUCGCACAUAUUGUGCUAUGUGGAGAAUCUAAUCAUGUCAUUGGUGCACGGUUUGUCCAAAUUGAUCCGUGAGGAGAAAGCCGUCUACGGGCAGAUUGCCGACGAGGAAUGGGAAGUGAUCCGGAUGACCAAGGCCGAACGCAAGGAUGAGAUACUGAAGAUUAUGAGAGCUGACAUGAUCGGGAAAGACACCUGUAACGAAUGCACGAUGUGGAAGGUGGAAGCCGGUGAAACCUGGGGAUAUACCUACCAAUCGGCUGCAGAUGAGCUCAUGUCUGGAGUGGUGAGCACCCACAAGCGACAGGUUUCUCUGUUGGAUGUGGGCUACUGGACCCCACAGGAUGGGUUCAUCAUGCAGGAUUUCAUGUUUCCGCAUGUGGUGGAUGGCUUCCGAGGAAUACACUUGAAUUUCUACAGUUACCAUAAUCCCCCAUGGCAGUUUGUGGCCUACAACGAAAGUGGGCACCUCUCGUUGUCGCAUGGUGUGGUAAUGGACAUUCUCAACGAGCUAUCGAGGAAACUAAAUUUCACCUACACCAUCUUAAUUGCCCAGACCAACUUGGAAUAUGUGGGUAACAUAACUGAUGACGCUAACAACACGGUCUUUAAAGAUGCACACGCCAUGACAACUGACAUACCGUCUGAGAUUUUACGAUCGCUCAUGGAUAACAAGAUUCUUCUGGCAGCAGUUGGUGCGACAGUUAGCCCGAAACAGAAGAAAUUUGUAAACUUCACAACUCCUAUCAGCAUUCAGACGUACAGUUUUAUUGUAUCCAGGCCCAAGGAGUUGAGCCGCAUUUUCUUGUUCCUAUCGCCAUUUAACUUUGAUACGUGGUUAUGUAUAGCAGCCACUGUUUUCCUUAUGGCACCCUGUCUGUAUGUCAUCAACAGAGUCAGUCCAUUCUAUGACCAUCACCAGAGAUCCAGUACAAUUGGGCUGAGAAAACUGAACAAUUGCUUUUGGUAUAUCUACGGAGCAUUGCUACAACAAGGUGGAUUGUAUCUGCCCUAUGCCGAUAGCGGCCGUAUCAUCAUCGGAACCUGGUGGCUAGGUAAGAAAUCAUCAUUUCCCGCGAACACUAUGCUUUCAACAUUUUCCCCAACUCCAGUCGUGCUCGUCAUCGUCACCACCUAUUGCGGAAACCUGGUCGCCUUCCUGACCUUCCCGAAGAUCGCCAUUCCGAUAACCACCAUCAACCAGCUGAUCCGCAACGAGCAAGGCGUCUCGUGGAGUAUCCGUCGGGGAACGUUACUGGAGCAGUUCUUACAGGAAACGGACGACCCGAAGUACGUCAAGCUGCACAAGCAAGCCAAGUACGUCUCGGAAGAAUCAACCAAAAUGGUAGAUACUAUUCGUUCCGGACAUCAUGUCCACAUUGAUUGGAGAACCAACUUGAAGUAUCUGAUGAAGAAAGAGUUCCUGAAGAGUGACCGCUGUGACUUUGCGCUAAGCCUGGACGAGUUUUUGGACGAACAGAUUGCGCUGGCCAUGCCGAAGAACAGUCCCUACCUGGAGGUAAUCAAUGCGGAAAUCACCAAAAUGCACCAGUUCGGGUUUAUUCAUCGGUGGCUGGGAAGCUACAUGCCAAGCGAGGACAAGUGCUCCAAUGCCAGGAAGAGUACCGAGGUGGAGAACCACACGGUGAACAACGACGACAUGGCCGGGUCCUACUACGUGCUGCUGAUUGGGUUUUCGAUGGGGCUGUUUAUGUUUCUGGUGGAGUAUGCUUGGCGGUGGUACACGAAGUCCAAGGAACAGUCGUUGCAACCGUAUACUGAAUGAAGGCCCGUUGUGAAAAAAGAAAAGGAAAACGAGAGGGUUUUUAGCGAUGUGAUGAAAAAGUAUUUGAAAUUGAUUGCACUCUUGAUAUUGAUAGUGAUGUUUUGCAAAACGUUUGUAGUUUCGAUGCUCGGGAAAUAAUAAACUUAUUUCACAACGCACGUCAAGCACAAAUAUCAAUAAUGUCAGUUAAUGACUGUAUAGGAUGUUGGCCACUUUGAACCAGUUUCGUAAAGUUGGGUGAAAGCAGACAAAAUAUAAUCCAUUAGACCCCGCUGCUAGUCAGUCAAAUGAGCGUGCUUCAAAUACCAACGUCAGAAGCGAGUCUCGGAGGAAGUAAACCAAAAUAGCAAACUUGAUAUGAAAAAUCUAGGCAGAAGGGGACUCUGUCACCUGUUGAGCAACGAAGGCAUAACGUCAUAAGAGACGCAAAGUGUUGCGUUUAGUUAGCCGGUUUCUCAAGUUUAUCAUCGGGGGGAGAUUUCCCACCCGGUGAGUGUCGUUAGACAAAUGACAUAAUGGGAGAAAAUUAUCUGAGGAAAUCGUUAGAUAAAUAAUGCAAUAUACAACGGAUCAGCUGAUUUUGACUACUCACACGACUUGAAUUUCGAAAUUAGUGCAGUCAUGAAUCGUAGCGAAGAUGAACUUCUAGAAUUGUCUUGAGUUAUUGAAUAAUCGCCAUGAGUCAGCACAAAUCUAUUUAAAAUAUUCAGCAAUACACAAUACACAAUGUACAAAACAUAAGAGUGCAAUUGAUUUUAUAUGAUGUGCGGAUUCACCCAAUUUUAUAAAUUUUCCAGGCUUGUUAAAUACCAAUGCGGCAAACAAAUCUCACAUUGCUUCAGAUUAGAUAUGUGCAGUCAGUACAAACAUUUAGAAUUUAGAAAUGGUAAAGAUAACAUUUAUAAUCUGACACAGUUUCGUAACGCUAGCAGUUAAAUUUGAAAUAAAAUUCAAUCUUGUAUCAUAUGUAACAAAUAACAAAAUUGAGUAUCUUUUGCCAUCUUACACAUUUUCAUUUUAAUUCGACACAAUACAAUGAAAAUGCAAUUAAAAUCUCGCACUCAAGCAAUUGCUUAUCAUUUCACUGUUUGGAAGCUGAUAAGUUUAAAAAAUGGAACUGUAGAAUCAAACAAUUGCACAUUUAGAAUCUUUAAAAAAGGCAUUAGAAGUAUUUUGGAAACAUAAACGAGUCUAUGCAAUAUAAAAAUAGAAGAAUAAAAACCUUG